CUCAGUUUGUGUACAGACAGCGAGUGUGUUGUUAGCUCGUGUGCACUCGUUCACCCGCGCGUGUAUGUGUGUGAGUGCGUGUGUGCCUGUGUGUCGUGUCACCACAAGACUGCCCGCCGCCACCGUCCACUCUCACCCCCACCAUAGUUGGUCUCAUUCAUCUUCAACAACUGCCACCCCGCCCGCCCUACACACUUGGGCAGUUACGGGUCGCAUAACUUCUUUCUUCGGUCCCGUUGGCUUAGCGGUCACAAGUGUCGUCAGAGCGGCGGAGCGGUCACCGCUACGACCACUGACAUGACCCUCAGGAGCGUGUGUGUGAGGUGUGUGGUGGUGCUGGUGCUGGUGGCCACCACCACCACUCGCGGGGCGCCGCAAAACGACCACGAGAACGAAUUUGGUUGCCAUUGUAUGGAGUAUUGGACCUGUAUCACGAGCGGAGGCCAGCCAUACAGCUACUGCGGCCUGAGCGCCUCCAGCGUGUGUUGCUUCGUGCCCCUCAACGCCAGCCCCAUCGGCAUCCUCCCGCUCAGGAACAAGAAGAAGUCAUGCGGCACCAAGGGCUCCGACGGCAGGAAGGACGGCCAGGCAGAGAUGUCUGAGUGGCCCUGGCAUGCGGCCAUCUUGGAACAGCCACAGGAUCUGUACGUGUGUGGCGCCUCACUCCUGGACGAGGAGUGGAUCCUCACAGCCGCCCACUGUGUCGACGACUACCUGGACUCAGGGAGCCGCCUGGCGGAGGUGCUGAAGGUGCGCUUAGGGGAGUACGACGUCAGCACCACCGCUGAGCCCCUCAAGCACGAGGAGUUCCCCGUCACCCGCGUCGUCAUCCACCCGGAGUUCGACAACGCCACUCUGGUGAACGACAUCGCGCUGCUGCAGCUGGUGAGGUCCGCCCGCCGGAAGGGCAACAUCGACGCCGUCUGCAUGCCCAAGAAGAACGACUUCGUGGAGGGCGUCCCCACCAGGUGCUACGUCACGGGCUGGGGCCGCAAAGAUGAGGGGUCGGAGCACAGUGUGGUGCUGAAGGAGAUCAGUGUUCCCCUGUGGAGCAACCCGACGUGCCAGGGCGCCCUCAGGGAGCAGUUCGGGCCCGCCUACACCCUGCCCAAGACCGCCCUCUGUGCUGGCGCCGAGGGACGCGACGCCUGUGACGGUGACGGCGGAGGGCCCCUGGUGUGCGAGAAGGACAAACACUGGUACCAGGUGGGCGUGGUCAGCUUCGGCAUCGGCUGCGGCAGGAGGAACAUCCCGGGCGUGUACACCCGCGUCGACGCCUUCGAGGACUGGAUCAAGGAAACUAUUGGCGUCCACCACCACCCGUAGGUGUCGUCGGGGGAGGCGGGAGGGAGGGAAAGAGAGGGCUCUAGUUAAUGAAGGUCAUCUCAGCUCCUUCAUGUUGUGAUGUGAUCCAGUAGGAGAGUCAAGGGAGGUCGGCCAGGUUGAGGAGAGAGUCUUCAGAUGCCUCUCAGAAAUAUCGUGCUGUAGGUGGAAGUCGGUAUUACGCCCAUUAGUACCGCGCCCACAUGGUGGGUGACAGGGGCCGCCCAUCAGUACCGCGCCCACAUGGUGGGUGACAGGGGGGCCGCCCAUCAGUACUACGCCCACAUGAUGGGUGGCACGCCCAAACAGUAACAAAUUAUUAGGGUGUGAAUAUGUGUGUACAAUGUGUAUUAAGGAAAAUAUGGUAAUGAUUUGAGCAGAUGUGUUGGUUGUAUCCAACACUGCCUCUCAUAUUGUUGUUCAGGAUGCCAUUUAUGCUAUUACUGCUGAGGACACACGUGCGUGUGUGUGUGUGUGUGUGUUUUGGUUGUAGAGCUUGCAUGGUGCUCAAACCCAGAGCUCUGGUAGAGCAGGAAGGUAUAGUUCGGUGUUGGUGCAAGAGCUUGAGCACCGUUCCUCCACUCCGUCCUCACAUCCUAUUGUCUUCCUAACCCUUCCAAGUGCUGUAUGAUCAUACUGUCUUAGCCAGUACAUCUCUGUAUAUCCCCUCCCCCCCCCCCCCCCCUCCGGUGUCAUCAACAAUGGGUCUGAAUUUGUUGAGUGAUCUGCCUUGAGUGUUGUCUUACGGCUGAGUGCGAGAGGAACUGUCAAGAGGGUUGUUUGUGCCGUGUGAAGGACCAAGAUGGUCGCUCCUACCUUACACUCUAACAAGCAAGACAAUGAGUCGUAUAAAUGACUCCCUGGCAGCACUGAAAUCUAUCAGGAAUUUUUCCCUAAUUUAAAAAAAAAAUCCCCAAUUUUUUUUUUUUUAAAGAUUGGCUGAAAGUUUGUUGUAAGUAAACGUGUGUUGUAAGUGCGAUGUAUUGUUGUGUGUUGUAUAAAUGCAAUGUUUACCAGUGUGCUGUGUAGAGGUGCUGUGUUGACCGUGAGGGCUGAGCACCGGGUGUAAUUGUCUGCCAAUGUUGGCCUCAGAAAUGUUCUUGGGCAACCAAGCUAGAGUCAAAAAUGUGAUUGUGUGGAUUGUAUUGGUUGAAAGAUUAGUGGUAAAAAAAAAUAAUUUCUGAUAUCAAAAGAGAUCAAAAAACUUCAUGGAACCGGUUUGUUGAGAAAUUUGUUGAUGCUAAGAAAAUAUAUGAUAAUGAGGGACUAAAUAUUCCAUGAACAGUGAACAACAGGUCCCAUGAACAGUGAAGAACAGGUCCCAUGAACAGUGAAGAACAGGUCCCAUGAACAGUGACUAACAGGUCCCACAGUCCCUCAAGACCUGACCAGCACAAGAGUCUUCUCUCACUUCCUCAGCCUGGCUGUCGUCCUCGGCUGAACAUCACGGUAGACUGUAGUGUACCUUGUGAGUGUUGGUGUAAACUCCGUGGUCCUCCACACCUGCUGGUGCUGGAGACCACGGCCACGAGGGCCACGAGGGCCACGAGGGCCCCAGAAGGCACAGGUCUAAGUUGUGUAUAAAAUUGUAUAAAAAAAUGAGAGCUUUAGUGUCAUAUGUUCUGUGUUGUACAAAUAGGUGGUGGGAAUUUAAAAAAAAAUAUAUGUGAUGUAUGUAAACUACAUCAGGUGUGUUCAUCAGGCGUGUUCAUCAGGCGUGUUCAUGAGGUGUGUUCAUCAGGCGUGUUCAUCGUAGCUAUCCAUGUAUUUAUUAAUAACUUGCAGAAUGUUUAGGUAAAUGCUUUUAUAUGUAAAGGAUCCAUCAUGUUUAUUCAUCUCUGUGACUUCUCAUCCCACGACAGACUUGAUCGCACUCCUGUCUCAGCAUUAUAUACAUUAACGUUGUAUAUUAUAGUUUGAUGUGCAGAUAGGCCUAGAAUUAGUUAGUGUACAUGUUUGGGUUUUGCUGACAAAUAUAAGUAUUUACAGAUGAGGGUGAUGCACUUAAGGCAGCCCGCCAUCAGGCUAUGGUCACUCCACCCAGCGACCGACCCCAAAAGACGCAUUCAUCACUUUUAAUAUGCUAUUCAUUCAAAAUAGAAUUUUCUCAACUAUAAAUUAUAAUAUAUUAGUAUAUUAUGCAUAUUUAGGUUAGGUUAAAGUAGGCGUUUAGGUUCUGUUGCCAGAUAUUUGUAUUAUUAGUGUGUGGGUGACCCAUCUACUGAGUUGGGAUUCGAACAGAAGUCGUCAGCGAAGCACUGUUCGAUCGCCAUCAGUUGUGUGUCAGUCCGGCCUCAUCAACAAUGGCCAAAUGCUCGUUAAUCCAGCCACCAAGCCCCCCCCCCCUGGUGUUUAUGAAUGAAAAACGGUUUACACGCGACUCACAACUGAUGACGUUCGAACAUUUCUCGAACAGCACUUCGCUGACGACUCUGUUUGAAUCACAACUCUAUAGACCAACCCGUCCGAGACUCAAGUCCAUUCCAUCCAGCGGUCGACCCCCACCCCCCUCCAGACGCAUUCAUAAAUUUGAAGCAAGGCUCUUCAUUCAAAAUGGGAAUUUUCUUAUAUAUAAAUUAUUAUUAU